CUCCCGGACAGGGACAACUUUCCCACCGAAAUGUGCGGGGCGGGGCCAUGUGAGUCCGGAGUUGUUAGGAAGUUUAACUUCGAACUCUGAUGUUUACCACUGCGCCGCUUGUUAACCGGCAAACAACAAACGGUCUGCGGCCCGCGCGAGAAACGUACUUACGGAGCAACACCAGUAAAAACACAUGAAAUCCAACACGAGCGAAAUUGUUCAUAUUGAAGCGAAAAGACGGGCAUCUUCUCACCAGUUUUAGACAAAGAGCAAGACGGAGACCGCUGAAUUUGAGACUGACAUGGAUUAACGGAUAGAGCGACUCUGCGGUUGCGCCUCCGGCAGUCUAUCGGACGAGAGGAGAGAUGGAUCUCUUUCUCCAGGAGGGCUCUCGGGUCUGGCUGAAAGAGGAUGGUGUGAAUCAGCCCUGCACCAUCAGCAGUGUCUCUGGAGGAGUGGUGAUCUUUACCACUGACUAUGGAGAGGUGUACACAUACAAGCUGAAGACUCUGAGCCGACAGCGCGUGUGUGUGAUGUCACAGGAGAGUAGGGAUGGAGUGGAGGACAUGGCGUCUCUACAAGAGCUGCAUGAUGGUGCCAUCCUACACACACUCCACCUGCGCUACACACAGCAGCUCAUUUACACAUACAUUGGGUCGAUCCUGGUGGCGGUGAACCCAUGUGUGUGUGUGUCAGGUGUGUAUGAUGAAGCGGCGGUGGAACUCUAUAGCGCUGGUGGGCGGGGCCAACUCCCCCCUCAUAUUUACGCCCUGGCCAAUCAGACCUACCGAGCACUAUGGCAACGCCACGACAACCAGUGUGUGCUCAUCAGUGGAGAGAGUGGAUCAGGAAAGACCGAGAGCACUAAGCUCAUUCUGCGUUUCCUGUCGGCGAUGAGUCAGAGGUCCCAACCUACAAGCAGCCAUGUGGAGAAUGCCAUCCUGGAGAGCAGUCCUGUUCUAGAGGCCUUUGGGAAUGCACGGACCGCCCACAACAGCAACUCUUCUCGCUUUGGCAAAUUCAUCCAGUUGCACUUCAGUUACCGUGGCAACAUCCUGAGUGGACAGAUCACACACUAUCUGCUGGAAAAGAACCGUGUGGUGCGUCAGAACCCAGGAGAGAGAAAUUAUCACAUCUUCUACACUCUGCUAGCCGGGGCAUCAACAGAGCAGAGAGAGGCUCUGUGUCUGUCUCCUCCUGAGAGCUACCAGUAUCUCAACCAGUCUGGUUGCAUCACAGACAGCACCAUCAAUGACAAGCUCACUUUUCAGCAUGUUCUGGGGGGACUGAGCACUCUUCAGCUGUCUGAGAGUUGUAUUAGGAAUGUUCUGCAGGUUCUUUCUGCUGUUCUCCUCACUGGCAACAUCCAGUUCCUAACAGCAGGGGGCGCUGCAGUCAGCACCAACACAGUCCUAGGGCAGCUGGCGAACAUGUUGUGUGUGGACUCGUCUUUGCUGUCAGAGGUUCUCACCCAAAAAUCCAUGAUGCUGAGAGGAGAACUCAUAAGUACACCGCUCACUAUAGAGCAGGCUGAGGACUCGCGUGAUUCGCUGGCGAUGGCACUCUACUCACGACUCUUUGACUGGGUCCUGCGCUGUCUCAACAAGCGUAUCCACGGAGACAGCAGCUUCCGUUCUAUCUGCAUCCUAGACAUUUUUGGCUUUGAGAACUUUGAGGUGAAUCGUUUUGAGCAGUUCAACAUCAAUUAUGCCAAUGAGAAGCUGCAGGAAUAUUUCAACAAGCACAUCUUCUGUCUGGAGCAGCUAGAGUACAGCAAGGAAGGUCUGGAGUGGGAGAAUGUGAACUGGAACGAUAAUGGAGAAUGUCUGGAUCUGAUAGAGAUGAGACUCGGUCUGCUGGCCUUGCUAAAUGAGGAGAGUCACUUCCCCAAAGCUACUGAUGCCACUUUGCUGGAGAAGCUCCACUCACAGCACUUACGGAAUCAAUUUUAUGUGAAGCCUCGGAUGGCCACACACCAGUUUGGAGUCAAACACUACGCUGGAGAGGUGCUGUAUGAAGUCUCAGGGUUUCUGGAGAAAAACAGAGACACCUUCAGAGAUGACAUCCUAAAUCUGCUCAAGGAAAGCCGGUCAGAUUUUGUGUACGAGUUGUUUGAGCGAAUUCCCUGUCAGAAUGUCGAGUCUCUACGGAAUUCCAAACACGGCCGACUAACAGUCAGCCUCCAGUUUAAGAAUUCUCUUCAUUCCCUGAUGAGCACUCUGAGCACCUGCAACCCUUUCUUUGUAAGAUGCAUCAAGCCCAACAACAACAAGAUGCCCGGGCAGUUUGAUUGGCAGCUGGUUCUGCAGCAGCUGCGCUACUCUGGGAUGCUGGAGACGGUGCGCAUCAGGAGGCGGGGCUUCCCCAUCAGGCUGAGCUUCCAGGACUUCUACUCCAGGUACCGGGUGCUGCUGAGGGGGAGUGCCUUGCUAGAUGACAUGAAGGGGUGGUGCCUGCAACUAUUCCACCGAUAUAACAGCGCUGAAUCUAAUUGGCGGAUCGGGAAGACCAAGGUUUUUCUGAGAGAGUGUCUGGAAGCUGUGUUGGAGAAGCAGAGGGACUCUGAGAUUCUUAAAGCCGUAACGCUCAUCCAGGCCCAUGUGUUGGGUUACUUACAGAGGAGGCAGUUUCAUCGACUACUGCAAAGUAUUGUGGUCCUCCAGAAGAGCUUUCGAGCGUUGCUGUGCCGACGGCGCUACCUCAGGGUACGGUGGGCUUCUGUGGUCUUCCAGAAGGUUCUAAAAGGCCAGAGAGUGCGACGCAUGUACAAGCAGCUACUAGAAGAUCAACGAGAGAAUUGGAGAAGAGAGGAGGAGAGGAGAAGAGAGGAGGACAAGAGACGAGAAGAGGCACAACGAAUCAGUCAGAGUGCAGAUGCGUUGGACCAGUCGGAGUCUGGCAAAGCCUCGCAGCAAGCUGCAGACUCACCUGAGGAAGAUGUAGCUUCAUCUGCAUCUACAGACUCACCUGAGGAGUUAUCUGGUGAGGUGUUGUCGAAAGUGGAGGCGUUUCCACCUGACGUGCCGGCCGAUACUGCAUGGGAAGGCGAGGAGGCGUGGCAGGUGGAGGAGAUCCUGCGGCUGGAGCGUGAGAUGGAGCUUCUGCGGCGGCGAAAAGAGGAGACGGAGCGCAGCCUGGGGGCGGAGUCUCAGGAACGUCUGCGGCGUCUGAGGGACGCAAUCGAUGCCCAGGCCAGUCGUGCCGCCCAGCACUUCCUGCACGUGCUCAACUUUCACGAGAUCGACGAGUGCGUGCGCAGCAUCGAGAGCACCCUGCCAGACACACACGCACACUCGCAAAUACACACACAGACACACGCACAGGCGGCUGGCCGGGAGGAGGAGGACGUGGAUGAAGGGCUCGGGGCAGAUGACUCGCCCAACCCCAGCGAGACCGGCCAAUCGGACGGCCAGCGCACAAGUGGCAUCCGCAGCGGCGACGAGUCUGAGGAAGAGGAGGAGCUGUAUGCCAACGAGCGCAUGCCGCCGCCUACCCAGCCACACGCAGCCAAUCACAGCCUGCCCUCUAGCGGUGGCCCCGCCUACUGCCCCCUACAGUCCGAGGAAGGGGAGGAGCUUAUACCUCCAGAUGAAGACUCUGAGGAUGAAGAUGUUGCCAUGACAACAAGGCAGUCUUCAUCUCAUGCCAACCAAUGGCCAUCACAGCAGCGGGUUUCCAUAGCUACCAGUACCAGCUCAGGAGCCCAAUACUACAGCUCUGAAGCAUCGAUGGAGGGCAGCGAUGAUGACUUUGAUAGAUGUGACUCGGAUGGUGAUUCUUUGGGUCGAAGAGAUUCUGUCUACAGCUGCGUCACGCUCCCCUACUUUCACAGUUUCCUUUACCUGAAAGGUGGAGUCUUAAGUGUGUGGCGGCGGCGGUGGUGUGUGUUGCGGGACGAGAUGCUGUUGUGGUUUCGGGCAAAACAGGAAGCAUUAAAACAGGGCUGGCUCAGGAAGAAGGGUGGCGGAUCGUCCACUCUGUCCCGACGCAACUGGAAACGACGCUGGUUUGUCCUGCGCCAGAACAGCCUCCUCUACUACACCAAUGACAAGGAGGACCAGCUCAAGGGGGCGCUAGACCUGCGCUCCGCAAGAGAGGUCUAUGAGUGCCCAGACCGAGUUAACGGGAUCGAUGUUGUGAUGCCCGACCGCACCUACCAUCUGACUGCAGAGUCCGCAGAGGAUGCCAGCCACUGGUUCAGCGUGCUAAGUCAGGUGCACGGCUCCACUGAGCAGGAGAUCAGUGAGAUGAAUGCUGAACAGGCCAACCCUCAGAAUGCAGUGGGAUCUCUGGAUGUUGGGAUGAUAGACUCCGUCUGUGCUUGUGACGCUCCAGAUAGGCCGUUCUCGUUCGUGCUGCAGUUCUCCCAGCGGCUGCUGGAGUGCCGCGCUGACAGCGCAGAGGAGAUGCACCACUGGAUCACACUGCUGCAGCGCAGCAAAGGAGACGCCAGGGUCCAGGGCCAGGAGUUCCUGAUGAGAGGUUGGCUGUAUAAGGAGUGGUCAGGGGGCGUGGCUAAGCAGCUGCGUCGGCGAUGGUUUGUUUUGACUCACGCCUCCCUCGAUGAGUACAGCAGCAGCCAAUCAAACGCCCCGAAACGCUCCUCCCUGCUGCUCACCAGCCUGUGCACCAUCACACACACACACGCUCCCUCAGGUGACUGGGCAGUAGCAGUGUAUGGGCGACGGCAGGAGUAUGUUCUUGUGUUUAAGCUUCAGAGUGAAGCUCAGAGGUGGGCGGCGGCUGUCCAGGAUGUGAUUGACAGCAAACCUCCAGUAGAAACACACACACAACAGCUACUGCUGAACAUCAAGGAGAACAGUCUAAAUUCGGAGCUGGUGGAGCAGAUCUACCUCAGGAACCCCUUGUUGCGCUACAGCAAACACUCCUUACGCACACCACUGCUGGCCCUGCCAUACGGACCAGUGGAGAGGCGUGGUCAUAGGCGGGGCUCGCUUCACUCUGAAGCUCUGAAGAUGUUUGAUUCGCUGCUGCAGCUGGAGGGCGUGGCCAACCCUGUGUCAGCCAUUCAGGGGCUGCUGCAGACCGCCUGGGAGCUCCGCCCACUCAGGGAGGAGCUUGUCUGUCAGCUGCUCAAGCAGACUAGUGGAGACGCCGCCCCAUUAAGCAACUGGCAAAUCAUGGCGUGCGUCUGCUGCAACUUUAGCCCCGCCUCCCGCUCCCUUCUCACACACCUCAAGUUCCAUCUUAAGAGGUGGGUCAGAGCGAGGGAGUGUCCUGAGGACACUGAGGUGGCGCGUUUGGCUGCCUUUUCCUACGAGGCCCUGCGGCGUGUGUGUGGGCGCGCACGUGAGUGUGUGUCGUCCCAGCAGGAGCUCAGCGCCAUCCUGCGGUUCCAGGACAUGAACACACACAUCCACUGCCACGGGGGAGGAGUCUGCAAGAUCAGCAUCAACUCACACACCACUGCAGGAGAGGUGGUGCAGCGGCUCUUGAGAGGCCUGCAGAUGGAGGACAGCAGAAACAUGUUCUCGCUCUUUGAGGUCAGAGGUCAAGCAGAACGAGCACUGGACAGCAGGACUGCCGUCGCAGACGUACUGGCCAAGUUUGAGAGGCGGACAGCAGAGGGCGCUGCUGUUCAAACAGACUGCCGUCUCUACUUCAAGCUCUACUGCCACUUAGACACACACAGCGUGCAUCCCACCAGCAUGGAGUUUGCCUUCAUGUUUGAACAAGCCCAUGAGGCAGUUAUACAAGGACGCUAUCCUGCUCCAGUGGAGACUCUGCAGAUUCUGGCAGCCCUGCGGAUUCAGUACCUGCUGGGAGACUACAACUCCCAGAAUGCCUGGCCCGACCUGGAGCAGCUAUUUCCUGUCAGUCGCCUGCGCAGUCGCCUGCAAGCCUGCACGUCUCUCUCCCGCUCUAACUCCGCCCACAGGAAGCGCUCCUCUUUCUUGGAAGGAACUCUCAGGCGCAGCCUGAGGGGGAGGGCCAGAGCUGAAGAGUCACAGGAAGAGGCGUGGUUUGAACAGGAAGUGUGUGUAUUGCGAGGAAACGUGCAGGAGAAGUGGGCGCGUCUGGAGGGCAUGAGUCAGCAGGACAGUAUGCUGAAGUACAUGAACAUCAUCAGAGAGUGGAAAGGAUACGGCUGCAGCCUGUUUAACGUGCAGUGUGCUGAUGGCGUGUAUCCAGAGGAUCUGUGGUUGGCUGUUGGUCAGGAGAAUGUGGGUGUGUACAAGCGUGGGGAGGCGUGGCCUCUGGAGGUCCUGUCCUAUGAGCUCAUCCUGUCGUUUGGAGCCCCACAGCCCAACACGCUCUGCAUCAGCACUCAGGAGCGCCACCUACUGUUCCUCACAGAGCAGGUGGUGGACAUCGCGAGGCUCAUGAAGACAUACAUCAGUCUCAUCGUGAAGAGACGCGUCAGCACCUGCCAGUCAAUCAGUAACCAAGGGAACCAUUGGUGAAGAUUCACCAUGCAACCUUCAGAUAAAUUUGCUUGUGUUUUGUGUGUUCAAGACCAUGUGUGAGAGUGUUUUAAAUGUUUGUAUGUGUGUGUGUAGGAGCAGUAGCUGAAUUUUAUUUUAUGCAAACAGUCUUAACCAAAGAGCAUCUCUGCAGGCAGAGACCAAGACCAAAGAGAUACACACACAACAUUCAAACUCAUACAUAGAAUGACAAUCCUAGUACAUUUUUUUCUCAUAUUAAUGUAAGUAAUCAACUGGAGAAGUUUCAUAGUGAUAUCUGCUAGUUAAAAUUUGUACCCUAUUCACCUGUAGUGUCUCGCCUUAACUGAAAAUGACAAUCCCUAGCCUGAUCCCAAGUAUGGUUCCGUGCAACUGGAGUAGACGCUAUUCCCUAAUGAGUUGUAUAUGUUUUAUAUAUUUUAUAUAUUUUAUAAUAAUAUUUCAUAUAGAGAACGGGUGACUGUCACGUUACGUUAGAUGUUGGGGUUUGGGUAGCGGCCGCCAUAUUUACAGAUACGCUAACGAAGAUACAGUGAUUACUAAUGGGGGCAUAGUUAGUGUCAAGAGCAAUCAAAUGGACCGUGAUAUGAGCAAAUGCAUCUUUACCAUGACGAGCUGAACAGGAAGGCAACAGAGUGGUACUUAAAUAAAAUAAAGAAUAUUAAUAUUAAUGCUAUAGUUGGGUUUCUGCUCUGUAAGUAAGUAUAUAUACUCUUUUGACCCUGUGAGGGAAAUGUGUGUCACAUGAUUGAGUUGGUGAUGUUAGGAAGCUCUAACUUGCUACUGCCCAUACAAACACAUUAAAUACAAACACAUGCCCAUACAAACACAUUAAAUACACAUUAAAUACACAUUAAAUACAAACACGUGUUAAGGUGCUACUGCCCAUACAAACACAUGUAUUAACUUGCUGCUGGGGUAUGCAGGCAUAGUUAUAUAUCCGUAGAGAUCCUCUCCAUGUUUGCAGACAGGUGAUGACAUGGUGAACCUGUCACUAGCGAAAAAUAGGUCUACUGCCAUUAGUCACGUGAUAGACUAAGCAUGAUCUACUGAAAUUAGGAGCAUCUAGCCUUCAACAACAAACACAACAAGUUUCUCAAUCCUGCAGUUGAAGUGAGUCUGUCUGUUUGCAGUCAGCAUGAUAGCCAGCAGGUGAUAUUAGCUGUGCCUACUGUAACAUUACCCACUUGUAGGGCUACAUUAGAUUCGCUUUCUUUAGAAUAAAAUGAACAUGAUGACUGACAAAAUAACUAUAGUGUUAAUAGCAGACAGACAUUGAUUCAAUGGUUCAGCAGCACAUAGAUUCACUAUAUUAAUCCCCCGUCUUCAUUUAGCUGUACUAAAUUGUACAGUAGUCGGGCUGUGCAGUCGUAGCCGUGUCUUUCUUAACAAUGUGUCGACACAAUCCCGUUCUCUAUAACCAAUUGACCAGAUAUACAGAUUCUAAAUGACGUUGUCACAGGUGCUCAGUACCACACAUGUGUUAAAUACCAUACACACAUAUUUAAUACCACACACACACACACACACAUGUUCAAUGCCACACACACACGUGUUCAAUACCACACACAGGUGUUCAAUUCCACAUGUGUUAAUUGAUGUGGUCAUAUGGUAUGGACAUGAUUGAUGAUGAUGUCGGAUGUUUCAUCUCAGCUGUCAUUAAACUCCUUCAGCUCUCC